CGUCAUCAGUUACAUUCCAUGUCAGAUAAAGUUCACGCUCUGAGCUCACACGUCACCGCAAGAAGGUGAAGGUAGAUAGGUACACACUUCAUACGCAGAGCCACACCAACAGGUAGACAGGUGAUCGAAGGGGCCUUUAUUUAUAGAGUCCGGCUAACCAUUUUUUCCGACUCUCUCUCUAGGACGUCAUCAUAAUCGCAGAUCUCAGAAAUUGCUGCUGGAAGAUUUUGAGUAGAGAGUCCUGUGUCUGCAAUUUUCUAGGAUUCUGAGUGGAGUUAUUCAAAUUUCAAUUUAAAAGUGAAAACUUAUGAGGUCCGGUUAGUGUCGGACUAUUGAUGAUCUGGAAUUAAAAUGGAGAAAAUUUGUGAAUUCUGCGCAGCAUUGAGGCCAGUAGUUUACUGCGAGGCUGAUGCAGCAUAUCUUUGCCUUCCCUGUGAUGCAAAGGUCCAUUCAGCUAAUGCACUCUCCAACCGACAUAUGCGUACCCUCCUAUGUGACUUAUGCAGAAAUCACCCAGCUUUUUCUAGGUGUUUGGAUCACCAGAUGUUAGUGUGCCGUGUCUGUGACCAGAGCAUUCAUGAAGUCUCUUUGCAGCAUCAGAAAUGUAGUGUCAGUUGCUACAUGGGCUGCCCCUCUGCUAAAGAUUUUGCUACAUUGUGGGGUUUUGAAUUGGAUGAACUGGACGAAAGUGCUAAUCAAGAUCAGUUAAUUUCAGCUUCUUGUGCUUCUGUUCAACCUAGUUUGGCAGGCUUGGGCAUUCCCAGAGAAUCUUGGAAGAAAAUUGGGAGCUCUUCAAGAACAUCUAAGGUGAAUUAUUCAAAAUUUUCCUCUAGCACAACAUCUGAAGUGGGAUUGAGCAGUAAACAGGCAGAGAUAUCAGGGAAAGGUCAACAACAGCAAAAUAAUAGCUUUAUUCUGCAACAGAUCCUUGAUGUGAAAAGGCUUCAGCUGACUGAGAUGGACAACAGUUCACUGGUGAAUUGUGGUCGAGAAGAAAAGCUUAUAGCUUCUUCAAUAUUUGAAACCUUCGAGAAGAUGGAUGACAAUAUUGUAGAUCAUUUUCAACGUUCUCAAGAUCCAAAUGGCAGUGGCUGUCCACAUCAGGAUCUAAAGGUGGACUCUUUGCCUUUGUCAUUUUCUCAACUGGAACGUUUUCCCUUGUCUUCCACCGUUGGAAAUCCUUUACCUGGAGACUUUUGGCAAUAUAAAAGCCCAGUUCAAAGCCAGUUGUGGUCUCAAAAUAUGCAAGGUCUUGGCGUAUGCGAAGACGGUGUUUCUCAUGAUGAUUUUAACAUACCUGAUGACACAACAUUUCGUAACUUUGAGGAGCUGUUUGGAACUAAGCAAGACCAUGCACCAUGCUACAAUGUGGAUGACAUGUCCCCCUGAUACAUCACACGACAGAAAUGCAAGAACGAAGGAGAUGCUGAUGGCGAUUCUGGUGAUGAAGGUGCUAUUUCAGCCUGUUGAUUUAAAUAAUUUUCUACAGGGGUUAUAUACUGCCUGGGGUACUGAAGAACUAUAAUCAACUCCUUUCAUUUUAUGGUGUCUAUCCGGGAUAUCUGACGUUGAAAAUCUGGGUUUUACUAUAGUCUGAAUUACUGGUUUAGGUUCAUCUCCUUUAUAUGUUGCAUAUAUUACUGAUGGUAGGUUUGAAACUCUUCCUAUGUCUUCUGUUAUUUUAGAGGAAGAAGAUCAUGUAUACCUACUGCUCAUACUUCUAUUAAAUUUUAGUGAUA